CAUCUCUCUCUCUCUCUCUCUCUCUCUCUCACAUUCAUUCAUGUUCCCCUACGGCAUCAUGAGCAUGGAUGAGAGAGUGAGCUCCAAAGAUAGGGAGCAAAAGAAAAAGUUUAUCCUGUGGGCAUUUGCUAUGUCCAUAGUGGUUAUCCCAUCGACUGCGCUAUCCCUGACAACCAUAAACCAAGCAGCAGCUAAACCCAAAGCUCUAGCUUCCUCUCACCAGUCCUUCAGCACAGUCUAUAGGACCACCGCCGCCGGCGCCACCACCACCAAGACCUCCAGCGCCAUCGCCUCCGCCUGCGAGGCCACCCUCUACCCAAAUGCAUGCGAGUCCGCCCUCGCCUCCAUCGCCGGAGCACCGACAAAGUCGGCAAAAGAUCUCUUCGACGUCUCCGUCCAGUUUGCCAUGGGCCGCGUCCACUCGGUCCGCUCCAUGGCCUACAACCUAACCCUCAAGCACCGGCAGCUCGGCUCCGGCCGCCCCUCCGGCAUGGACGACUGCCUCGAGCUCCUCGACAUCACCUUGGAUCAACUCAACGACGUCGCCAACCCGAAGAAGAGCUCCAGUCCUCACGAUAUCAAGACCUGGCUCAGCGCCGCCCUCACCAACCAAGCGACGUGCAAGGAUAGCCUCCAGACCCUCGAGGCCUCCGACGGGAAGGACGCCAUGAACCACCAAGUAGAGAGCUUGACGCAGUUCAUCAGCAACUCGCUCGCACUCCACAAGAAGCUCAAUGGUGGCAAGAAUGCCGGCGGCCGGAAGCUACUAUCCGACGGAUCUCCGGCAUGGCUGUCCCCCGGAGACCGCAAGCUUCUGGAAGCUUCCCCGGAGGACAUCCGGGCCGAUGCGGUGGUGGCCAAGGAUGGUAGCGGGACCCACAAGACGAUCAACGAGGCCAUCGCCUUCGUGUCGCUGGCCUCCGGCGGUGGCAGAAGUGUGAUUUACGUGAAAGCCGGGACCUAUAAUGAGUACAUCAAGAUUCCAACCAAGCAGAAGAACGUUAUGCUGAUGGGAGACGGAAAGGGCAAAUCGGUCAUUGUGGGCAGCAGGAACGUCGAGAAAGGGUAUUCGACUUACGGGUCCGCGACCGUCGCUGCGAUGGGUGCGGGCUUCAUCGCCAAGCGCCUGACCAUCAUCAACAACUCCGGCCCAUCUAAGAACCAGGGUGUGGCCUUGAGAGUUGGUGCUGAUAGGUCUGUGAUCUACCAGUGCUCCAUCCAGGGAUACCAGGACACCCUAUACACUCACUCCAACCGCCAGUUCUAUCUGCAGGAUGACAUCUAUGGCACCGUCGACUUCAUCUUCGGCAACUCGGCGGUGGUCUUCCAGAAUUGUUAUAUCCAACCCCGGAAGCCCGCCGGGGGACAGAAGAACUCGAUCACGGCGCAGGGCCGGCUUGACCCGAACCAAAACACCGGCAUAUCGAUCCAAAAAUGCAGGAUCAUCGGAGCGUCGGACUUGGACGGCACCCCGACAUACCUUGGUAGGCCAUGGCAAAAGUACUCCAGGACGGUGGUGAUGGAGACCUACAUGGAUGACUCAAUCGACCCGGCAGGGUGGGAGCCAUGGUCAGGUAGCUUUGCACUGUCCACACUCUAUUAUGGCGAAUAUGCUAAUACGGGCCCAGGGGCCUCCACAUCGGGCCGGGUCGGUUGGCCCGGUGUCCACUCGUCGCUCUCCGCCGCAGAAGCAACCCAAUUUACUGUUGCAGAAUUCAUCUCCGGUGACUCAUGGUUGCCGGGCACCGGUGUCAGCUACACCGCCGGACUGUGAGAUACCGUCGGUCGGCAUGAUUACAUGCAUCAAUUAUCAGUAUUCUGGCCCAAUGUGAGAAGUGUAAGAUAUAGUGUGGGCAAUUAGACGAAGGCUUGUUGUUUUUUUUUAUCUAUGUACUGCUAUCUGCAAGUGUAGAUUGAGUCAUCAUGCUGUAGAAAUAAAUGUUGACUUGUUUGCUUCUAAUUGUUAUCCUUUUAAA